CAUUCACACACACAGCCCCACCUCUUGCCACAUCGCUCGUUCUCAUUCUCUUCAAAAUGGUUCACACCGCCGACAACGCGUGGAGGGCUCACAUACCUCUUAUGUACCGCGAGGAUUUCCUUUGUUCAUCUGGAGUUGCACGUUGGAAUGAGGAGUUCCCCAGGCACUGCGUGGUUUCUCAACAUGAUCGGCACAAGACAAAGAGUGUCUUAGUUAUUCUGUUUCUCAUCGCAAUGAGAAAUAUCAAGAAUAACCGAGGUACAUUUACCCGUAUCAAGGAUAGGCUGAGCUCUGCACUGAAAUCACCGGCUUCACUCUUCCGCCGCUCUCCGGAAAUCUCACUUCGAGAGGAUAUUCUCAGUUGGAAGAAAUCGCCGCACUCUCUUGCCGCCAGCGAAUACGGCGGCAGUGAUCUCUUGGUUCAAUUUCUGAAACAGCAGACUUCGGAUGACUACGUCGACUUUUGGCUGGAAAGCGGCGAGUACAGGUGGACAAGAACGAAACCGGGGCGUAAACGGGACAUCGAAGCUCAACGGAUUUAUGACAAGUUCGUGUACGGGGAAUGCCCAAGAAAGAUUGCUCAUCUUGAGAAAAUGUGUUUUGUGUCGCGUCAAGGACCAACAGGAAGAGACGUGUUCAUCUGUGCUCAGGCGUAUGUUGGAACCAACUUUCCAAAGGAUUCGUACAAGAAAUUUCUCCAAGAUCCAAUCUACUUGAACCUCCUCAAAACGGUAUCUUCUGGAGCAACUCAACUCAAUGAAUAAACUCCGUGUAACUAUGAUAUCCCUUUUUGGUUUUCUCAGAACAUUUUUCACAUCCUCCCACCUAGUUUCUAUUGUUCUUGUUAUAUGUAUGUCUACAUUUGAUUUGAUUAUUACUAACCAAUAUCUUGUUCAAAUUAAAACUGUUAAAUGAGGAUUAUGGAUAAUUGUGUAAUUAAUUGGCAAUAUGCCAAAUUUUCUCAACAAACGGUAGAAAUUCCGAUUGCAAAUGUAGCAAAU